CCCAGUCGCCAGUCAGACAGUCAGCGCGUUGCACGUACGCACGCAAAGAGCAGCAGCAGCAGCAGCAGAAGCAGCGCGGGCGCGUUCAGUGGUUGUUGGAAACACCAAAAAAUAAAGUGAUAAAGACAAAGUGUUCAAGAUAAAAUGUAAUAACUAUACUUAAAUAUAUACAACAACAAAAAAUUAUAAAAAACAACAACAAGUUAAACACCAAGAAAUUUAGUAAAACGAAACCGAAACUAAAUGUUGGACAACUUUCUGAAGAAGUCAUGUCAAAGAUGCGCACAAAUAGCUUAAACUGACAGCAACAACAACUAGAGCAAAUAAAACCAAAUAACAACAACAGCAACAACAACUAAAGCCAGAAUUUACAAGCAAAAGGAUAAUCACAAUCACAACGCAGCGAAAAGCAAAACAGAAAACAAAAAAGAGAAUUAAUAAAUAAUUUAGUCAAAUAUUUUAAACUUACAUAAAAAACGUAGCACAUCAAAAGCCUUACGAAUAUUUCAAGCAACUUAAAUAAAUAAAGAAAAAGAAAAAUUUGUGCUGUGCUCUAAAUAUAGUUAUAUAAUUAUAACAAAAAUAAAGUAGAAGAAACAGACAGAAGAAGCAGUUGAAGAAAAUAGCUUCAACGUAUUCAUAAAUAUUUAAAUAGUAAUAAAACUUAAUUAAUAAUUGUAAUCAUUAUUCUUCCACUUAAAAGUUUGAAAUGCGUAAUUUUUAAAUUAUUACAAAAAAUUACUUAGUCAAACAAAUUUAGCAGCAACAACAACAAUAUACAUAUAUAUUGCAUAUAUGCAUAAACAAGAAUAUAUUUAAACUUUUAGUAGCAUAAAAAGAGCAUAACGAACAUUUAAAGAUAUUUAAAAAAAUUUUAUUAUAAUUAGCAAAGAAGCGUUGUGAAUUUAAUACCAAUACAGAAAAAGAUACUUGACUUAAACUAAAACUUUAACUAAAUGAAAUUGUCUAUUAGUAGUUUUUAAAGGUAAAUUUUAAUCGAAAGUUUUAAACGAGCUUCUAACACAUGCGACUUGGCAAACAAAUAGCAAACAUUAUCCUUAACCUUAACCGCAGCCCCCAACAGGACGACAACAACAAUCGAAUUGCGGCACUUGGCUCGGCGCCAGCCUAAAAGCAGGCAACACAAAAAUUUAUACAAAUUCGGAACUCAAGGUGCUGCCGACAGCGACGGCGACAGCGACGGCGACUGCGACGCUAACUUGACGACGACCUUCGCGUGUGCAGCUGACUAUUGCACAAUAGAGGGCGCCAGCACUACACAUAAACAUACGAGACUUAAACACACACACACAAGCACACACACAAAUUAAAGCAAGCUAACUGCAGGACGUCAUGACCGGAAGUGAGUGGCCAGAAAAAUGCAGGAAAUGAGCUACCUGCAGGAUAAUUCCAAAUUGGAGGCCCUAACCAAAGCCGUACUCAUCUCCAUACUGGGCGUGGCCAUAGUGUUAUCAAACCUAUUGAUUAUCGCCACCUAUGCCAACUUUAAAGGUCCCACGGAGGUUAUCAACUAUUAUCUGCUAUCGCUAGCAAUUGCGGAUUUAUUAUGCGGUCUACUCGUGGUGCCAUUCUCCGUUUAUCCCGCGCUGACCGGAGAAUGGAUGUACGGCGAUAUCGUGUGCCGUUUUACGGGCUAUCUGGAGGUCACACUGUGGGCCGUAUCCGUGUACACAUUCAUGUGGAUAUCGGUGGAUCGUUAUCUGGCAGUACGCAAACCUCUGCGCUACGAAACGGUGCAGACAAAAACGCGCUGCCAGUGCUGGAUGGUGUUCACAUGGAUAUCGGCAGCGUUACUUUGCUGUCCUCCGAUUUUGGGUUACACGCAGCCCAUUGAGAAUAAUUUGGCGCACAUUUGCAUGCUGGAUUGGGGCAAUAUGGCGGCAUAUAGUGCCACAUUGGCGAUAUUAGUAUUAGGCCCCAGCCUCAUAUCGAUUGUACACAACUAUGGCUACAUCUUUGUUAUGAUGCGUAAGAUCAGGUCCGGCGAGCCCAUUCAUGAUAAAGAAUAUGCAACUGCAUUGGCUGAAAAUUUAUCGAACCCUAGUCAUAUGAUGUCAUUCGCAUUAGUCUUUGCAUUCUGGAUGUCCUGGCUGCCUUGGAUAUUGGUGCGUCUUUAUGAGGUGGUCACGGGCGACGUUAUCCAAAGUACUCUUAUCAAUUUCGCAGUCGUUUGGAUUGGUAUAUUGAAUUCAUUUUGGAAAAUUGUGAUUAUGACCGGUAUGUCGCCGCAAUUUCGGAUUGCAUUGAGAGUAUUUUGCUUAACCAUUUGCUGUAAGACUAAGGGCAGAUUGCAAGCGGAGCUAAUCGGGUUGGACCCAGAUGACUGGAGCCGCUAAAUUUUCAAGUAUAAAUUGGUUGUAAAUCGCAUCAUACAUAAACAUAUAAUGCCCAUAACUAACUGAACCGUACUUGCCUCUUGGCCACAUAGUUGCAUAUUUAUGGACCGCCUGGGGCGCUGCGCACCAAUCAAAAAUAUCACCAAAAAACCACCACACCAACACCACCAUCUCCACAACAACCAAAUACAACCACAGCAAACACAGCAAUCCAACCACAAAAACAAUAACAGCAAAGCAACAGCAAACAAAAACACUGACAAGUUUAAAGACAUAUUCAUUAUAAUAGUUAAUAAGCUAAUCGAAAAGAAUAAGAAAACAAUUUGUUAAGAGUUUUUAUCUAUUGACGAUUAAUUAAUAAUAUGAUUAUAUAUAUUGUGUAUUUAUGAGCUUACAACGUACAGUAUAUGUUUGUAUAUAGCGUAUAUGUAUACAUAUCUAGCUAUAUACUCAUGUACUUAUGUCUAACACGCCUAGUCUACAUACAUACGAUAUCAUGGAAUUUAAUUUCCCUCUUUGGCUGCAAUUCCGUAUCCGUUUCUUUUUCCGUUAAACUUACUCUAACUCCUACUGUUAUCGUUAUCGUUUGAGUUAACAGUUCUGUUAUCUCCAUUCUGUUAGCAUCUCUUGCUUGACAAAAAAAACACACACAUAUGCAAAGUUAGCGCUUGGCGCGUGUAAAGUUUUUCAAAAGUCCAUAUUAAGUACUUGUAGUAAAUUUAGAAUUUAGCAAAUCAAUAUGUGUAGAGUUUAUCAAAUAAAUGCCAAAAGACCGAUGAACGUAGAUAGAUGAUGAUCGCAAGCAGUUCGAUAAUUAUUGAAUUAUAAGCAGUUCGAGUUCAAAUUUUCAAAUUCAAUCUUUGCACGCUUCAAGAAAAACAAGUUAAGAGCGGCUAGUUCAGUCCCCCUCUCCCUUUUCCCUUUUGAACUCAACGGAACUUAGUUAUCUUAUUCUGUACGAGAGUGUAGCUCAAAAAAAUCUAAAGAAAAUUAAGUAAAAAGCAAAAACUUGACACAUUUCCAGUAGGUUUUAGCGCAAACUAAGCUAUAUAUAAAUAUACCUAUAUUUAGUUUUGAAUAUACUUAAAUAAGUACGAGUACAAUAUGUAUGUACAAUUAGAUAAAAAAAAACAAGAAAGAAGAUGAUGAAGAAUUGCAUACAAAUCGUAAUAUAAAUAUAUAUAGUUUAAUGUACGAUAAUUUAGUGUUAGACAACAACAAGUUUAAAAGUUUAAUUAUCAUGAAUAAUAUAUUCUUAGAUUAUAAAUUACAGUUUAUAAUUUCACCAAACUGUCACAUGAGCGCUACGGUGUCCAGAUUUCAACAGACUGUUGCGAUUUUGCCUAGUUCCCUUAGUGGGUUAAAUUCAGUUUCCUACAUCUGGGCAGAGUUGUGCUCAUGUGCAUGGUAUGUUUGUUGUUAAAUAAUGUUAUUAACAAAUUCAUACAUAUAUGUUAUCCACAAACAGGCCAACAAGCAUUGUGUAUAUUUGUUUCAUCAUUGUACAUUAUUUUCAGCAUUUGAAUUAAUUUUAUAAAAUGUUAUCGAUUUGAUAUGUAAGCAAAACUGUAAGAAAAACGUGUUAUAAAUUAUAUAAUUAUUAAAAUGAGAGCAGUAAAUUAUGGAGUAUGUAAAUGGAAAGUUAAAAA